UCAUGCUCGUAGGUGCAAACUUUAAACUCAGAUUUCCGGUGAGCACAGAGAAGCUUUCCUCUAUAGUAGAUACAUGUGAAAACAGAUUUCUAUUGCCAAACCCUGCACACACAUCAUUCUAGACAAUGAUGCUCAAACAUCAACAUAACAUAAGUAAGCUCAACAAAAGUGAAACACAUUUUUGAGUGGAGAUAGGCUUUAAACAAUACUGAGAGGUUUGGGUGCAAAAUGUAGAAAGUGAAAGAGGCUUACCUAAAACAAGCCCAUAUUUUCAACUUGAAACACACACUGUUACCUUUUCUGUAACGGAAACUCUUCAGUCACAUGUGAUUAUAAUCAUGUGGUGGAAAAAUAAUCUAGUUAACUGAUCCUUUAAGGGCGCUCAUGCUGAGCUGUACGCGGCGAGUUAGGAAUUUCCUUCCCGCGAAAGUUGGACGAUUGUCGGCCUCUGGCGUCAAAACUCCGCCAAGAAGUUUCUCCUCUUGAAACUUGACACGGCUGCCACGUAGCUCAAACUUCCUGAAGAGCCAGCAGUUUUCCAGGAGCAUCUCUGUAUCAUCCCCUCUCCUGCUUAUGGAACUGUUUGUUGCAGCUACAGACAGAGCUGUAUAGAAGACUGUUACUGGUCAGCCCGAGAGUUUGCUCUUCUAUUUAACUAAAGAAGAAAACUGAGGAUGUCCUCUAAGAAACGAAUCUGGACCUGCACGACAUGACUGAACUGUUCAUAUAACAGGACAGAAACAAUGGGUUGCUCCAUCCUCCUGUUGGCCAGUGUGGUGUCCACUCUGGGCGGUCUGGUCUUUGGUUAUGAGCUGGGCAUCAUCUCAGGUGCCUUGUUGCAGCUCAAGGCCGAGUUCAGGCUCUCGUGCAUGCAGCAGGAGGCUCUGGUCAGCUCUUUGUUGAUUGGAGCCCUGCUGGCCUCUGUGGUGGGCGGCAGCUUCAUCGACCGUCAUGGCCGCCGAAAUUCCAUCCUCCUCAGUAAUGUCCUGAUUUUGAUUGGCAGCCUGGUCCUGCUCAUCAGCUCCUACCCAGCACUGGUGGUUGGCAGGAUCACAGUGGGCUUCGCAAUGUGUUUAUCCUCCAUGUCCUGCUGCAUCUUUGUCUCUGAGAUGGUCACCCCCGACCGCAGGGGCUUCCUGGUAACACUGUAUGAAGCUGGGAUCACUGUGGGCAUCCUGGCAGCCUAUGCCAUGAACUACAUCCUGUCUGACUCCAAGAGAGGGUGGAGGCAGAUGUUUGGAUUAGCUGUAGUACCAACACUGAUUCAGCUUUCCUCUAUAUGGUUUCUUCCAUCCAGCACUGAGGACUCUUUAAGCCAUGACUGCUCUCAGGCCGAAAGAGACCUCAUGUGCACCAUUGAAAACCAAGAAGCAAAUGACUCAACAGUCAGCUCCAGCAAGGAACACAAGAAGGUGCAAUACAACAGCAUGUACCUUUUCCAGCAUAAAGACAACAUGAGGACUCGGACUGUCAUUGGUCUGGGACUGGUGCUCUUUCAGCAGUUCACAGGCCAGCCAAGUCUUCUCUUCUACGCCUCCACCAUCUUUCACUCAGUGGGGUUUCAGAGCAACGCCUCGGCAGUGCUGGCGUCUGUGGGCUUAGGGUUGGUCAAAGUGAUCGCUACUCUGACCUCCAUGGUGUUUUCAGACAGAGUGGGUAGGAGGCCUUUGCUAAUCAGCGGAUGCUCCGUCAUGGCACUGUGUCUGAUAACCAUUGGACUUCUCAGUGGACAUUCGUUGAUGAAUGCUAAGAGGCCUUGUAAUUCUGAGGAUGUUGUCACUAACAGAACAGCUCUCCCUCAUUUAAAUGUUGCUAAUCUGUCAGUUUUUGAUGCACCUCUUGUUGAGAACCACAGACUCCUCAGUAACAGCACACAAGAGGGAGAUGAAGUUCUUGAUAUAGUUAGACAGAAGCCACUGGAACCUGCUCUGGGAUCAUCUCCAAACGACCAUGCAACAUUUGUGAACUGGAUCAUUCUCAUGUGUAUGAUGGCUGUUGUGAGCGCAUACUCCGUUGGAUUUGGACCAAUGACCUGGCUUCUCCUCAGUGAGAUAUUUCCAGCUGCUGUCAGGGGAAGGGCAUUCGCCUUCACCAACUGCUUCAACUGGGCUGCCAACCUUUUGGUCACAUUCACUUUCUUGAAUGUUAUCGAUGCAAUUGGUCUGUCAGGGACAUUUCUUUUGUAUGGGAUGGCUGCCGUGGCAGCUGGAGUUUUCUUCUACUUCAUGCUACCAGAGACCAAAGGCAAGACUCUGGAGGAGAUUGACAAAGAGCUGCGUUUAAACAGGUUUUACCACAGUGUGGAGUGCUGUGGUGUCGUCAGCCGGAGAAACACUUCCCCUCAGUACCAGAGAGUGCACUGUCAGGUUAGCACCUCAGGGUGAUCACUGUAAUUAUACCACACUGACCGAAGAAGAAACUGACUGACUUGAAAAUGAUGAUAGCCUGACUUAAGGUAGACUUUAUUGAUGCACUAGAUAUUUAAAUAUGUGGUAUCUGUGUGAAACAUGUUAAUAAAGUGUGUUUUGUA